AUGUGCAUAAAAGCAAAAUCGGGCAUUAUUGCCACCUUCCUAACAAAGAAGAACCGCAGCCCUGCUGGCAGCUCCCUCCCGCCCUGCCCCGGUUCCGGCGGGGCCCUCGCGCCCUGCGACGGCUUCAACGGUUCCGGCGGGGCCCUCGCGCCCUGCAACGGCUUCAACGGCUCUCGCGGGAACCUCGCGCCCUGCAACGAUAAAAACCUAGAGAAUGCUGAAGAAGCAGCAGAACAGUUCAAGUUAAUCCAAGCAGCAUAUGAUGUUCUCAGUGACCCACAGGAAAGAGCCUGGUAUGAUAAUCAUAGGGAAGCUCUGCUGAAAGGAGGAGUUGAUGGAGACUAUCAAGAUGAUAGUUUAGAUCUGCUGCAUUACUUCACUGUUAGCUGUUACUCUGGAUUUGGAGAUGAUGAAAAGGGAUUCUUUACAGUCUAUCGACAAGUUUUUGAAAAGAUUGCAAAAGAAGAGAUGGAAUAUAUGACCCAGGAAGAUGCUGAAGAAUUCCCUACGUUUGGAUAUUCCCAAAGUGACUACGAUAAGGUAGUCCACCCCUUCUAUGCAUAUUGGCAGAGUUUCUGUACUCAGAAAAACUUUGCUUGGAAAGAAGAGUAUGACACACGGCAAGCAUCAAACCGCUGGGAGAAAAGAGCUAUGGAAAAAGAAAACAAGAAAACGAGAGAGAAAGCAAGGAAGGAGAGGAAUGAACUAGUCCGUCAGCUAGUUGCUUUUAUUCGUAAAAGGGAUAAAAGAGUACAGGCUCAUAGAAAACUUGUGGAAGAACAAAAUGCAGAAAAAGCUAAGAAAGCAGAGGAGUUUCGGAGGCAGCAGAAACUCAAACAAGCCAAGCUUGCUGAACAGUAUAAAGAGCAGAGCUGGAUAACUAUGUCAGAUUUGGAGAGAGAAUUGCAAGAGAUGGAGGCACAAUAUGAAAAGGAAUUUGGAGAUGGAUCAGAUGACGAAGAUGAGUUAGAAGAACGCGAGAUAAAAGAAGGAAUAGAAGUUCCCAUCUCUUCAGACAAGUUGAGUGAGGAGGCUGAAGAAGCAGAAUGUGUUGAUGAUCUCUACUGCCCUGCUUGUGACAAAUUGUUAAAAACUGAGAAAGCCAUGAAGAAUCAUGAAAAAUCAAAGAAGCAUCGAGAGAUGGUAGCGCUGUUACGGCAGCAACUAGAGGAAGAAGAGGAAGAGUUUUCUGUAUCUUUGGAUGAUGCAAAUGGAAUAAAUACCAAAGAGGAGGAAGAAACAGAAGAGACACCCAAACACAAGCUCUCCAAGAAGCAGAAAAAGAAACAGAAAACAAUGACGACUUACGAGGACUCUCUUGACAAAAGUGCUGAUGAAGAAGCAGCUGAACAAAAGGAGGCGCCCAGUGCAGACAAGGACAACGGCUCAGCAGAGGAGCUAGUAAAUGAUGGCCAAAGACAAGCUGUAUCAGAGGAAACAAGUGCUACAGAGGAUGUCAGCCAAGUGAACGAAGCAAAGAGUGAAGUGAAAAGCAGUACUAAGCCUAAAGGGAAAAAAGCCAAGGAUGCAAAAAAGUCUGCUAAGGCAUCUUCAGAGCACCCAACAAUGAGUGAAGUUCCCAUCCAUUGUGUAACCUGCAACUGUGCGUUUCCAUCUCGGAAUAAACUAUUUGAACACCUAAAAGCCACAGGUCAUGCAAAAGCAACACAAGCACCAGCUGUAAACGGAGCCGUACCCACCAGAAACAAAAAAGAAAAACGUAAAAACAGAUAGAACUUUGUGUUACAGUGACAGUCUUCAGAAUUGGAUGUGAAAACUCUCUCAGAAUUGAAAGGUGUGGAUUUCCUGUAUUCAGAGUUAAACGGAGAAGGCUACUUCUAAUUUUGGGGAAAAAAAGAAGAUGCAACAAAAGGAACAUUAUAUUGUGAAGCAACCCGUGCUUUCUUUUGUUUGUACUAGCCUUUCUUCAAUGGCUGAAUUUGAUCUACCAUCCCAGCAGCUUUCAAGUUGUGGUGGUGACAGAGGAAACGGGUAAACCCAAAGGCAGUCACCUUGCAUGGAUACAGUACCCAGUCAGAGGAAAUAAAUUAUUUUAACACUUAUGUUGCUUUUUUUUAAACUGAUUUUAAGUUAAAGGAUGGACUGUACUGCUUUGAUCAUAUACAAACAAGAAAAGGAAAAAAGGGCUUUUCUACUAUCUACAAGCACAUCACCUUUCAAAUUACUUAGAGAGAAAUACUAGCACGAUGAUAAGGUUGGUUAAUCAUAUUUUUGACGUUCUCCACUGAUUUUCUACGAGCACCUGCAGAGAGUUGGGAAAAAAAAAUCCUAUGGAGGAACAUUACUAGACUAAGUGAAGGGGGGAAAAAUGAAUGACAACUGAAAUUCAAUGCAAUUAUUCACAAGUGAUUUGCAUGCAUGAAGAACAUCCCUAGGAACAUAUAUGCAUAAUGCCCAACUCUGAAAUAGGUCUUCAUCACUUGAGGAGGAAAAAAAAAAUGGUGGGAGGUAAUAGGUACAAGCUGGCUACUUGUGUUCUUGUCUUCUAAUUUUGUAAUGAAGAACAAAAACAGAGGUACAAUUUUAGUUCUGCUUAAGUGUACAGUCCAUUUGAUCAUAAAUGCUGCAUACACCUUUAAAAAAAAAAGUGGAAAUGGAAUUAAAACCAGCUGAUUUUGGAAUUACAAAAUGAUUUCACAAAGCGCUCAUCAAUGCAGUAAUAGAAAGCAGCAACAUCAAUGCAGUAAUAGAAAGCAGCACUCAGCUAGGACAGGGGUGUGGUACUUGUGUUAGGAACUCCCUAGAGUAAAACUUUGUAGACCCAACCAUCUUAAUCUUUUAAGUUCCUCUUAAGUUCCAGCUCAUUACACAAAAUGGCAGAAACUCCUCUGCAAAGUUAACGUGGUAAUUUUAUUGGGUUAGGAAAUGAUUCAGACUUUACAAUUGGAAUCAAAGUAAAAUGACAUAUGUGCAGUUAACACUUUUUUUUUUUUGGUUGGAGCCUGAAGGAAGUAAUGAACCAAAACUUUUUUUAAACAAAUAUGAUUAUGUAAGAUAGAAAUACAUGGCAUCAGCCAUGCUUUAUGCCUUGUUAAAUGGCUGUACUAUGUAAUCCCAAAGCAGCUAUCUAGUUGGGUAUGAGGAAAAGAAAACCACUUUUUGGGGAGGAUGUUGAUAAGGAUUAGUGCCCCAUGCUAGAAGUAAUUACAGAAAUUAGAAACUUUUCCAUUUAUGUGCAUACAGACUUUUUGCUCUAAUUACAGUGUAUCCUUGCAGUAAGGGUAAACAAUUUUAAUGUUGUUUGUUUGAAAGCUGCAGUUAUGUUCUGCUCAGGGUGAUUCACAUCCUGGGAUUGGUUACUCUUAUAUAAAUGGAGUCUCACAUCAUGGGGCAAAGGGGAUGAUUUGCUCUGCAGUAUUAUCUCUUGGCAUUGAUUAGUACUUUUUUUUCUUAUUUAAGGAAGUAAAAAGACAUACUUGUCUGUUUCACAAAUGUUUGUACUUUAAUCUACACAAUUGGAAAUGCUUGCUGUUGAGGUCUGUUAAAACUAUUUACUAUAUGCUACUGUAGUCCAAAGAAAGUUUAUUAACUAAGGAUAGUUUUGCUUUUUCUGUCACUCUGCUUUCUAAAAAUUAUUGUUGCCUAUAAACUUAAGAGAUAAAUUA